GUUCUGACGAUGUGCAGGACAAUCGGAGUUCAAAUCGAAGGCCGCCGACCACGACGAACAGAGGAGAGUGGCAUGUUGAAUGUAUUCGUCUAUGGCGGGCAAAGCGUGCUUGAUUUGAUCAUCCUGGAAAAUGACAGGAAUGGCCGAGCUGGGAAGGGGAGACUUUCCUCAGCCGGUGGAGACGAGCAUCGCACGCAGGUUCAAAUGGAGGAUGAUCUGGUUGUGGCAUUAACAGAGGUCAUGGACGCCCUUACCGAUUCGAACAUCGUACAAGACGCAUUACCGUACAGAGCCCUACUG